GUUUCUUUUAUAUGAUUUUAAUACAGUUUUUUUUUUCAGAUUUAAUUAUUUUUUACGACCAAUCAGAAAUAAACAAUUUUUGAACAAGAAGAUUGGUUAAAUGUCGUUAAAUAUAUAAAUGUCCAAUCAGAAAUGACGAAGUUCAUUCUGAUUGGUCAAUACAUUUUUUCAUUUCCAGUAGUAAAUAAUAUUAUAGUUAUAAAAAUUAAUUUUUUAUCAUUUGUUAUAACUUAAAGAAAUUAUAUUUUUAUUAGUAAAGAAUAAUACAGGUAUAUAUAAUCUGUUAUUUAGUUAUAUUAUAUAUAUAAAAUGAAUAUAUUUUCCAUAACUGUUUAAUGAGAUUUUUCAUUGGUAAAUUUCAAAUUGAUAUCUUCGUGCAACAAAUAUUAUUUAUUACGUCCAUAUAAUAUUAUAUAGUAUUACAAUAAUGUAUUAUUGAUUAAAUGUAAAAACAUAUAUUAAUUAUUUUUCAUAACUACACGAAAUAGAAAAGAAGGAUGUGUCAAUAAAUUUUAAUUAGAGAGAGAGAGGGAGAGGGAGAGAGAGAGAGAGAGACUCCUUUCUAAAUUUCUUAAAAUUAUUUUGAUUAUUGUUCUGCGCAAUGAUAGAUGCGCAUUGUACGUAUAUAAAAUAUUAUGAGUUAUAUCGUUUUUCUUUAAUGUAUCGACCAAGUUGGACAUUUAUAAAAUCUUAUCAUUGUAUAAUCAUUAUGCUAGAUACGAAUAACGAAAGAAUAUUUUAUUCUUUAGAAAUAUUGCGCCUCAUCGAAAUUUUAGUAACUAUGCAUCGCGUGUAGGAAAUAGUUAGUGAUAAUGUCAGAAGGUGCGCUAGUGUUCCACUAAGCUACCCCCAGUCUUACUACCCCCACCCUUCCGUUUCAGCUCCCCUAGCUAGUGCAAAUCUCGACGGAUGAAUGUUUUCUUAAGGGAUUCUUCCCGAAACCGACGCGAAAUUAUAAGAGGAGUCAUCUGAGGCUUGUAAUUGCGUUCCUGGGGGGUGAUGGUACUCACGCCGACAGCGUCUCCCACAAAGAUUUCACCAUUUUUCAAUUAACAAAAAAAUUGUCUGCGUCGCACACACGUCACAAAUUCUUCGGUUAACCUGUCGGCUGGUACGCUUUGAACACGUGAUUACGAUAAAUGCCGCGCAAGUAGAGCUUUAAUUUCAAAGUUAUUUUUAUGGGGAUUCUGGUUUAUAUAUCCCGACUGAUUUGUUUUGUUGCAUGCUCCUACUAACGUUCUUAUAGAUUUUUCUUAGAACUCUACCGUUCCGGUUCUUUUUUAUUGGUAUAUAGCGUUAACGCGAUUAUACAUUCUAAUUUGAAUAAGGAUUAGUUGCACAUUUUAUAUAACUGAAGAAUAGUCUGUAUCUAAGUGUAGUUUGGUAUAUAUUGUUGUUACCACAGUUUCUCAUAUAUUGGACAGCCAUAUUGUACAUUUUUUUAACGAUGCUGUCGCGUUUCUCGUUAACCUAUUCUUGUUAUGACUAUUCACUUUCUCUCGUGUAAAACUUAUCAAUUAUCUUUUUACAAAUAAUAUCUUAAGAAAUAAUAUAUAAAAAGCUUCCUUCACAAUAUAUUACCUUAAUCAUGGAAAGUGGAAGUAAUUUGCCUAGUCCAGGCAAUUAUCCUGGUGGGAAUCGACAACAAUUUUGUGUAUCAUGGAAUUCUCACCAGUCAAACAUGCACAGUGCUUUUCCAAAGCUAUUGAGCUCAGAACAAUUCGUCGAUGUUACUUUAGCUUGUGAUGGUGGUUCUAUCAAAUGUCAUAAAGUGGUAUUAUCUGCCUGUAGCGAUUAUUUAGAACGCUUAUUGCUAGAAAUACCAUGUACUCAUCCUAUUAUUUUUCUGAGAGAUAUGAGAAUGUGGGAACUUCAAGCAUUGGUCGAGUUUAUGUACCGUGGUGAAGUAUACGUAGAACAACAACAGCUUGCAAAAUUGAUGCAAGCUGCAGAAGUCCUGCAGGUCCGUGGCUUAUCGACUCAGGGAAGUGAUAGCUCUUCAAUCGAGAGUAACUCACAACAAUGUGAUUCUAAUCCACCUAUCACUCCAUCAACGCCAACUCAACAUGAUGUACCUCAUUUCAAACCCGAAGACACUCACUCUAAUGAUGAAGGCAGCUCAAGCUUUUUGGAGCCUACCUCAGUUGCUGGAUCUAGUACAGGAAAUGUUACAUCUCACAAUAAUACUCCAACUUCGCAAAAUCCAAACUCAUCCAAUUUUAUGGAACAUAGUGAAGCAUUACAACAUUUGGAAAAGGCUCUUAGCGCUUGCGAAGCUACUCUUACAGAAACUCAGGGGAUGGUUAAAAUGGAACCAGAUGAACAAUUUUCUCAACAACAAGAUGUCAAACCUUAUUCUAUCACUAUGGUACGAAAUAGCAACUGCAAUCCCAGCAGUCCAUUUCCUGCUAUAGAAGGUUAUCAAAGACGACAAAGACGUUCAGAAGAAGAACUGAAACAAGCUUCAGAUAUGGUUGCACGUGGCAUGACAUUUCAGGUUGCAUCAGAAAAAUAUAAUAUACCUAUCAGUACGAUUCGUUUCUAUAUGGUUAGGAAGGGAAUUUUACAAAGGCGAAAACGUGGACGUGGUUCCAGCAAUCUUGGAGUAAAUAGUCAACCUGAAAGUCCUGCAAGCCCACCAUUUCAUAUGAUAAACUACCGUUUGCCAGACAGCCUAAAUUCCAGCCUACCGUAGUGCUAUACCAAAAGUAGUGAGUUUUUAGAUUUCAGUUGAAUCGAACAAAUUAUUUGUCGCUAAAGUCAGAGCUGUUCUGGACCAUCAUCCUUCCCUUUAAACUCUUUAUGAGUUUUUCUUUAUCCAUAUGUUAUUUUACCACAUCUAAGAUGUUAAGUAUAAACGCGAUAUGCAGGCGUUAAUAAGGAUAUCUAUUACUGCAUAAAACUCGUGCAUUUAUUUUAAAUUUUCAUAUAAAAAUUUUUAACAUUGCAUGCACUCUAUAUAAUAUAUAUAUAUUAUAUAUAUAUGCAUAUAUAUUUGUAUAUAUGUAUAUACAUAUAUAAUAUAUAUUAUAUAUAAGCAUAUGUAUACAUAUAUAUUACAUAUAUAUGCAUAUAUAUUUGUGUACAUAUAUACACACAUAUAUAUUAUAUAAAUGCAUAUGUAUACAUAUAUAUUAUAUAUAUAUGCAUAUAUAUUUGUGUACAUAUAUACACAUAUAUAUAUUAUAUAUAUGCAUAUAUAUACAUAUAUAUUAUAUAUAUAUAUGUACGUGUAUAUAUAUUAUAUAUAUAAUAUGUAUGUAUAUAUUUAUGAAUAGGGUUUUGAACAGCUCUUUUCCAUGUAUAUAAAUUCCAUAUGUGAACGUUCGGACACAGCAUUAAGCUAAGCAAGUAUUUUCUCCAUAAGAUACAAAGUUCUUCAAUAGUAAUGCACGAGAUGAACUCAGUGUUUUCCAAAAGACUGAUCGCAUCCGGUUCUUUUCAGUACAAAGCAUCAUAAAAACAUAGUUUUUCUUGCGCAAUUUUAGGAUCAUAAUUUAGGUGACAUCUCAUAUUAAUGUUUGUCACAUUUGUUAAGUAAAGAAACAUUACACAUUUAUAUAUUUUUAAAUGAGCAUAUUUGCACAGUAUAAGGAUGCAGUUAUCAGAGAUCGAAUGUUUUGGAUCAUAAUAAUAAUAUUAAUUGCAAAUAAAUUUAUCCACUAUAUCUUAUAUAGUUAUAUAGUAUACAUAUUGUUUUGCCCUCGCGCCAUUUCCUUUAUCACAUGUGGUACCUACUGAAUGCAAUUAACAUAUGUUCGCAAAUAUAUAAACACAGAUGCGAGUGCGUGCGCACACAUAUGAAAUGGUAAAAUAUAGUUUGGUAACCAUUAUCCUCUUGUGCUGUGGUCGAACAUAAUUCAUAUGGUUCCUUUCGGGCCGUGUUCCGUUCUUCUACUUAGUGACCAAUAUGGCCUGCAAAUGUGGAUAGUGUAAAAGAUUUGAUUUCAAGUGCUACUUAUUCAUCAUUUUAAAAGGCAUUAUCAUUAUGAAACCUUUACAAAAGUUCGGAUAUAUCAAGUGAACAAUAUUUUUUUAAUGACCUCAAAAUGUUUUUGAUACAAUAAGUUUGUAGUUUAAGUUAUUUUUUAUUACAUUAUAUUUAUAUAAUUCAGCAAUAUGCAUCUUAUUAUCUUAAGUCACUAUGGCAUCUGUACACCGCUUAUACAUAUAUAGACAUAUAUAUAUAUAUAUACACACACAUAUCAUGUAUAUGUAUAUAUGUCAAAUUUUGUCUCAUUGUGUAUGAUUAUGUUUCUAUAAUUUAUAAUAACGGUAAUGAUAAUAAUAAUUAUAAUAAUGAUAAAAAUAAUAAUAUUAAUAAUAUCGAUAAUGAUAGUAAUAACAAAGAAGCUUCUUCACUUUUGUUGGGCACAACAAUAACUUUUAUGAUCUGGUAAAAAGCGAAGUACAAAGAUCAUAAAGUUUUAUCCAUAAGUCACUAUGUUCAAGACUGGUAACACGAGGCGCAUAUAAUCAUCUGAAAUCGUAGACAUUGCAGCUCUUAAUCUAUUAUACAAGUAUUUUUGUAGACAUCUUUAUCAAGGAAAGUUUGUUCUUUCUGCCUGUAUUUUACAUACCUUGAUCAUCUAUUACGAUAAGAGAACCGGUAUUUGUUCAAAGUUUACCAUUUAACUUUGUUAAACAUCACAGGACAUGAGAGAUCAUGACAUAAGUAGUAUAAUGCUUUUUACAUGCUAGUGUACAAAUAACAAUGUUUGUAAUCGUCAAUAAGUAUCCACCAGUUUUCAUAAAAGUGAUGUGGCAUAAUAAUCAUCACUUUUCUAAAUACUGGUUUUGCCUUGUCAAAAAAAUUUUGAUUGUAUAACAACAGCUAAAUGGCGCAUAUAUGACGCAAUCUUACAGUGUAUUGCCUUUGUUAAAUAGCAUUUGGAUAAAGCCAUAUUUUUCCAUGCGAUGCAAUAAUUCAGCAGAGUAAAAUAACAAUAAAUGGAAAACAGCCUAAAAUAGGAAAGAGUGCCAGAUACAUAAAUGGACAUAAACAAUAAGAUGCCAUGCUUAAAAUUUAUCAGCAGUUACAACAUAGUUGCCUGCUUUCCUCCUGCUUUUAUAGAGAAUCGUUUACCUUUUUUGUAUCAGGCAACAUGGAGAAUGUAUACAAAUACAUAAGUAGCCUAACUGACAUAAAAAUCAUUGAUAAAUGCCUUAAUUAAUAUACACAAUGUCGUUUUGUUAAGUAAUUAUCGUGUAAUCAAAGUAUUAGAAUAUUGUAGCCGAUUCUCAUUUAUUUCACUUUUAUCGACCGAUUUAGCAUAGUGUAAGAUACAGUAUAGAUUAUAUUUACUAAAUUUCAUCCAACGUUACACAGUUAGAUUCUGCGCUGAUGAGAAGUGUUACAAAAAAAGAAAAAAAAAGAAAUGCGUUAGAACAGAUUGGAGUACGGUGACAUUGAUACAGAUUGAAAACAGAAAUCGCGGAUAUUGCCUGUUAUAGCGUCCAAACGGUUGAAGUAAUAACUUCUUCGUAUGUAGCAUUCUUUCCAAUACCUGUAUCGUGUAAAUCAUUAUUCUAAGAGUUCCAGUUGACAAAGGUUUUAUACAAAUCUAUUAAACCAGUAUUGCAAACCAAUGAAGAAUAAUUAGUUUUCUAAUAACACAAUACGUUUUACGUGAAUUUAGUACAGUGCUUAAGUCAGUAAUGCUCAGCGUAUCUAACAAAUAUUUUUAGUGAAAAUCCGUGUCAUACUCACAUGUAUUAUAACGUCUUAAAGUGUGUAACUAAACAACAAUCAAAGAAGCGUGAACGAUACUUAAUAAUUAUUAUCAUAGCCACUCUUAAGAGUACAUAGGUAGCCAUUUUGAGGCAAAUUAUAUUAUAUUUAAUUAUCCCAUCAUUUGGUCUCCGUUUUAUAGUGGUAUUAUUAUUUGUAGGUAGGUUUUACACCUAAAAUCAAUGGAUUUACCUCUCGCUCCUCGAAAUGCAUAUUUUUAAGAUUUUUUUUUUUUAUAGUUACCGAGACAAAUAUCUAUUGGCAUGAUAGGCAGAGCGAUCGGGAAUUAUUAUUGUUUCCAAGACAACGCUACAUUUUGCGAGAAUUAUUGUUAUGACAACUGUUAUAUAGUCGCACGAUAAUAGUAAGCACAACGUACUCUAUUUUAUUUGUGAACAUGAUUUAGGAUAAAAACGUACGAUUAAUCUGAAA